UAUUGAUGCUAUACUUAUCGCGUAUAUGCAGUCGCACAUCGUGCACCGUACGCGGCAAUUGUAGAAAAUUUAUCAUCUAUAAAAUAAUAUUUCAUUUAAUACGAUAAUAAAUAAUAUAGUUGUAAAAUAUACAUUGCCGGUUUCAGUGGUUUGUUUUCGUAAAUUAUGCUUUAUUGAAUUAUGUGAGUCUUAAGGAUAGUGAUGUCUGAAUACCGUGAGCAUUAUCCUUUGCUGCAUGACGAACUCUCUGAGGAAGAUCAGUCGAUUCCACGUCAUUACCGACGCCGUUCCUUUUCGAACAGAAAUCGUAUCAAAGUAAAUCUGAAAGGAGCCGCUGCUAUUAUUAAACAUUGGCCAGAUCACUGGACCAGAUUUGUAGCGUAUUGGUGGAUUGGACUUGGAAUGAUAACCAUUACUACAUUUAUAAUAUACAAUAGCUUUUUUAUUUUAACAUUAAUGCCAGAGGCGCAAUUGAAACCAGUGACGAAUCAAAUUUUCGAUACAGGCUUGUAUAAAACUAAUAAGCCAAACACUGCAAAAACAGUAUGGAUGCACGUAUUCAUAGAGAAAGAUAAAGAAAUCGAUUUCGACGAAUACAUACCGUAUAUUAAAUUGCUAUCUGAGAAACAUCCAUCUUAUAUAUACCGACUUAUAGUUGUUUUAAACGAUACCAAAUUAUCAAACUACCAUAUUAUAGGUGAAGAAAAUAAUGAAAUCGCCAUGAGUACACUGUGGACGGAAAAAGUUUAUUCCAAUGAAAAAAAUUAUGGAAACGUAAAAAUUCGAAUAGAAUACAUUAGUUUAAGUAGGUGUUUAGAUGACUCUGCUUUAACGAAAUUUUGGAGAGAGCUGCCGGAAGAUUUCAUUAAAUUUAUGGUACGCGCUCUUUCUAUUUGGGAUAGGGGCGGAAUAGCUUUUAAUCCUAAUGUAUUAACUCCUAAAUCACCUUCUACAGUUUACAUAAAUAAAUUGCAAGAUGUUUUGUCGAAAUAUGAAAAAGAUGACUUUGAAACAAUAAAUUCCAUAAAACACAAUACUAAUGAUGAUUCACAUCGAUAUAAAGCACAUAAAAAAUUAAAUAACAUACGAGAUAUAAUCGAUGCUUUAGAAACGAAUGAGCAACAAAACAAAUUAUCGGAAGAGCAAUUAGCUGAAACAGAAAGCAAAACUGACAUAAUUUUAGAUCGUAAUGAACAAAACACUUUAUCAGUAACAGAGCAGGUGUUACUAAAAGAUAAAUCAUUCGCCACUACAACAGGAGAUGGCCUAUCACAUAAAUCAUCAAAAACUACACCGAAUUCAAUAAUUGAAAAUAGACGGCUUAAUAACAAUCGUGAAUUAAUUAAAGAACAUCAGAUUGAUGAAAAUGUAACUUCAACAACAGUGAGUUUAUUGCCGAUGUUUCUAGAUUUUUUGUUUCAUCGUAAGCCUAACCCGCAGUUGACCUCAGUGACACGAGAACACGAAAUAUCGUCAAACCCUAAAAACUUUGAACAAGACAAUUUUAUCGAAUCAAAGGAAACAGUUACAAAUGGUCAUCCUAUAUUUCCUAAAACAGAUCUUAAAAACAGAGAUUCAGAAGAUAUAAAGAGAAAUGAUUUAGCUAAGCCAAUUGACAGCGCAUCAUAUAGGCUAACAAUUGAUUUAAAAGGUAAUAUCAUUGCAAGUAACACAGCUUGUCAUGCAUUUAUAGGGACUCUUUUUAAUGAUGCAUUAAAUUACAAAGGUGACCAAAAUAUCACGGAAUUCAUAACAACAGAACUAUCAUUAUUUUGCAAUGGUGUUUUAAUGUCAUGUAUAGGUAUUGAUGUAAUAUUAAUUUAAAUAGUGUAAAUCUGUGUCCAAACGGCUCUUGUUACAGCAUAAAAUUUAUAAAGCACCGCUCAUAUAAGCUGUCAGUUUAUUUGUCGACAUUUCGUUAUUUUGUAUACGAAAAGAAAUAAGUUAUAUGUUACAACUAAAUAAAACAAGCAUAUCGUUGAUUAAUAAUUUAUUUCUAUAAAUUUAAGUCGUGAUCAAAAUAAUGUGUUCAAAAAAAUUUAACAAUAUUUUGUUCACAAGUUCUGUUUAAAACUAUCGCUUUUUGCAUAAUUAUUAAUAGAACAUAAUAGUUUGCGCAACCACAUAUGUAUGUAUUGGUUAUGUUUCAACAUCAAUUGAGACUAGAAGAAAUAGAGUCAACUCUAUCAUUUUUGGAACUGUUACUUAUUAUAAUUGAAAAUUUUAGUGGAUAUCUAAUAAGUUUGUGCAAUAAUUUUGUUUAUAAGCCUAACGAUAAACGGUUAGUGACUUAAAAUCCUUAUUAGAUAAGACUAUUCUACACUUUUUACACUAUUAAUAAAGUAUAUUAUCACAUACUUUAAAA